UGCUUGACUGAAACAGGCUCGUCUUAUUUGGCCGAGUGCUUCCUAUUUUUUCUUUCUGUUUUGAAGCUGUUGCGUGCAUAAGUACAUUUAUUGAGUAAAUAACCUACUCGAACGCAUAGAUAUUUUCCUAAAGUUGUUUGACUGCAAGACUCGCGGGUUUUCCUCCGAACGCAUCCUCUCCACUCAAAUAAUGGAUUUGGUCUGGAGCCUGUGCUUCGUUGGGAGUCUCGGCGCUUGGUUUGCUUCUGCAGAAAGGCACAGCAUAUAUUGGAAUAGCACAAACAGCAAGUUCCUAAGGGACAGCUAUGCGGUGGAGGUGCGUCUGAACGACUACCUGGACAUCGUGUGCCCCCACUACCCGCUGGGCGAGGUGGCAUCGCAGGAUGCUGAGCGCUACGUGCUCUACAUGGUGGAGCGGGAGGACUACGACGCUUGCAAGCCUCAGUCCUACGACCAGAUGCGUUGGGAGUGCGGCCACCCCUUCGCACCCCACGCCGCCGAGAAGUUCUCAGAGAAGUUCCAGCGUUUCACCCCCUUCACCCUGGGCAAGGAGUUCCGCCAGGGAGAGAGCUACUACUAUAUCUCCAAACCUCUGCACCACCACGGACAGGAGUGCCUCAGGCUCAGGGUAGACGUCGUAGCUACUGAUGGUUCUCAAGAGGCCAGGGUUGCAACUGGAGGAGCUGCAGCUGUACCUGGAGCUGGGGGUGGAGCACACAACCCCUCCAACAGACUGCCUGCAGAUGACCCAGUGGUAAUCCUGCCAGAGGUCCAGAAAAGUGUGCGGACAAAUUCGUCGGUGUCAAAGGCAUCCUUCUCCAUCCUGUCAUUGAUUGUCCCCGUCUUAUUAUUACUGUUGUUACAGUGAGACUACAAAUCUCAUAGACUUGAAGUUGGUCUGUGGGGAACCACAGACACAAAAGACAAUUCUCAAAGCCCAAGUGCUGGUCACUGGGAGAGGGAUAUUUUUAAUCUCGUAAGUACGGAUGGACACAUGCACUAAGUGUGCUGAGUGAGAAUUUGGUUGGAGUUUUGUGGGAAGGCACUAAGCUUUCUCAAGAUGCCAGUAUUUCCUGGAGAGAUUUUGUUCUCUUUAAUGUUAGUGUUUUUGCUCUUCUCCUCCAAAAAAAAAACAUAAUUCAUUUUGGAAAAGUGCGGAAGAAAAUUUUGAAGAGGAACAUAAAUGGACGAAGAACAAGACAAAAGCUAAAGGACAUUCUUAUAUGGACAACUAUUUGGAUUUGAUAUGAAUUUGUGUCAGAAAAAAAAAACUGCAUUUAGUGAAACAUCUUCUCUACGCUUUUGAGCCAAAGAAUACAGUGAUCAUCUCUUCAGUGUGUAACUAUUCUAUUCCAACCUUGACUAUUGUGUUCUGUUUGUGGUAUUGCUAUUGUACUGUAAUUGAGUGGCACUAAAUGUCCAAGUGGUUCUUAAUGUAGCAUCGACAAAAGCAGGGGACGUGUUAGCUAACUAUUAAUGUUCCUUUGCAGACUCGACCAUGUGCUUUCACAGCACUAACCAUACAGCACAACAACAGACAGACUGACUGACAUCACAAUACAGAUCCAUGACAUAGUAGACACUACGUGAAAAGGAAAGGUAUUGUGUACAUUCUGUGAAAAAUCAUUUGUAAAAGUUUGCAGUUGAAAGAUAUACCGUAUGUUUAACAAAUGCUAUGCUGACUGUUGGUAAGUGAGCUCUCUCUGAGGAGGGGAAGAGUUAGAAUUAGUGUUUCAGUGAGAGAGAACGUGUGCGAGGGAGAGCUAGAGGUCAAACAAAAAUGUUACAACUGCCAAAAGCAAACACGGAUACAGUACAUUGUAUGUUGCAGUGUAAGGCAGACCUUCUGUAUAUCAGAUCAUGCACCCGUACCGUUUAAACUGACAAACAAAAUAACCCAGACUGAACUAUGCUCAUCACAGUGCUUGCCAGAGCAGUGUUACACUGUUCUCUACCUCUGACACUAAAAAGUCAACCAAGUUAAAAUGUUUUUAUUCAAAAACAGUUGUAAUUUGGUUGGUAAUACACUAGAUGUACAAUAGUAUGUGGAUUUGGCUAUUUCAGCCACACCAGUUGCUGAGAGGUUUAUUAAAUCGGGCACACAGUCAUGCAAUCU